GUGAACUGAUGGUACUAGUUCGCGAAAUAGCAUACGAUGCUAGAGAAAUGCGGGAAGCCAGAAGGCAGGAGAACGAACGAAGGAUUCGUGAGGAACAAGAGAAGGCCGCGAGAGACGCUGAGGCGAAAAGGGCUGAAGAAGCGGCUCAGAAAGAGGCAGAGAAGGAGGCCAGAUUGGCUAAGUUGUUGGAUGAUAGAAUGAGAGAGAUGGAUUCAAAGAGGGAGGAGGAUAAUAAGAAGAUUUGGGAAAGACUGGGAAAAGGCAAAGACACGGAAGUAUCGGAGGGAGAAAAAUUUGCGACGAGCGGUGAGAACAAAAAGAGAGGUCAGGAGGAGAUCGCAGGCGCAGCAGCUGGACAAUCGUCUACGCCAAGGAAGAAAGCGGAUGAAGUUGGUGCUCUCGACGCUGGGCUGCUAUUGAUGAACAUUGACAACGUUCAACGAACGCAGGCUCAACUUGAUGUUCGAGCGCAUGGAAGAUCGUCGGGUAGGCUUGCUGAUGUCUUCGCCUCCGUAGCCGGAACAGCCAGGCGGAUGUCUGGGUCUCUCUCUGCGGUCAGACUGGGCACCCCCUCUGGACUUGGGUUCGACCGAGUAAGGGAGGGUACCAAGGCGGUUGUGGCGAAUCCAGGACCAGGUGGAAGAAGGCAGUACCGUUCGGAUAUGGAAAGGGAGCUUAUGGCCAAAUACAAGAACGAACUGGUGGACCUCUGCAAGAAGGAUAAGAUCAAGUAUCACAACAAGAAACAAGCAGUUGAUGAUCUGACGGCCAUCCGUGUCAAGGACGCGUAUGGGGAUUUGGAAGAAGAAGAGGAGGAAGAGGAGGAGGAAAACGUAGAAGAGACAACCGAGGGAGCUCAAGAAGAGAAUCCUUCUUGAUUCUUACCGGGACCCGAAAUGGUUGUGGCAACAGUUGAACAAGCUCCAGGCU